AUGAGUGAACUCAAGAAACGUCAAAGACAAGACUAUCCCUUCGAGCUAAGUUAUAGAACCAGAUGGAGUGACAACGACCAGUACCAGCAUGCAAAUAAUGCGGCUUACUAUCUGUGGUUCGACUCAAUAAUCAACACCUAUCUACAAGAGCACUGUGGGCAAGACCCAGCUACGAGCCCUACUAUAGGACUAGUAGUCUCUUCCUGGUGCGAAUUCUUUGCGCCAGUGUCGUUUCCUCAAGUCUUAGAUCUGGGACUACGAGUGACCAAACUUGGCACGUCCUCAGUGAGCUACGAAGUCGCGGUAUUCGUCGCAGGACAGCCCGCACCAUCGGCUUCACAACGUGACCACACGCGUCUGCAUUCACCACGACCGACCAUGGGUAUCAAGGGACUGACUGGUCUGCUCUCUGAGCACGCGCCAAAUGCGAUAAAGGAACACGAAAUAAAGACGCUCUUUGGCCGUAAAGUUGCCAUCGACGCCUCCAUGUCCAUUUACCAGUUCCUCAUCGCUGUCCGACAAAAAGACGGCGAACUUCUAACAAACGAUGCUGGAGAAACGACAAGCCAUCUUAUGGGUUUCUUCUAUCGCACUAUCCGAAUCGUUGAGAACGGUAUAAAACCUGCCUAUGUCUUCGACGGCAAACCGCCAGAGCUUAAAAAGGGGGUCCUAUCAAAACGAUUUGAGAGGCGCGAAGAGGCAAAAGAAGGUGGGGAAGAGGCCAAAGAAGUCGGCACAGCGGAGGAUGUCGACAAAUUCUCGCGUCGGCAAGUCAAAGUUACGCGUGAACAUAACGAGGAAUGCCGGCGACUCCUCAAGCUCAUGGGAAUCCCGGUCAUUGUAGCGCCUUCGGAAGCGGAAGCCCAAUGUGCAGAACUUGCUCGUGGUGGCAAGGUCUUUGCGGCUGGCUCAGAAGACAUGGACACUCUUACUUUCUCCGCUCCUAUCCUAUUCCGCCACCUUACAUUCUCUGAAGCUAAAAAGCAACCUAUCAGCGAGAUUAAUCUGCAAGCCGCAUUAGACGGUUUAGACAUGGACAUGAGUCAGUUCAUUGACCUCUGCAUUCUUCUUGGAUGCGACUAUCUCGAACCAAUAAAGGGUGUUGGUCCAAAAUCUGCUCUGAAACUCAUUCGGGAGCACGGUGGCCUCGAGGGUGUGGUAAAGCACCUGCGUGGAAAAGCUGCAGAAAGAGCGGCGGUGCCUUCGGACUCUGAGGAGGAAGAGGAGCCUGCGCCAACUUCAGAUGUCGAGAAAAAUUCGGAGGAUGAUGAGGACGAAGAGCCGAAACCCAAGCCAAAAGCAAAGAAGAAGGGCAAAGGAAAGGCCAAGGGUGGUAUGGUCAUCCCGGAGGAGUGGCCAUGGGAGGAAGCAAAAAAGUUGUUUGAAAAGCCAGAUGUGACACCAGCCGACGAAGUUGAGCUGGAGUGGAAGAAUCCCGACCUAGAUGGGCUGCUGCAAUUCUUAGUCACCGAGAAGGGGUUCAGUGAAGAACGUGUUCGCAAGGGUGUUGAGAAGUUGACCAAGUUCCUGAACGCGAAACAGCAAGGGCGACUGGAUGGAUUCUUCACAGUAAAACCGAAAGAAAAGAAAUCUCCGGCCAAGAAGGAGCCCGUCAAGAAAGGCACCAAACGCAAAGGUGACGAUAAGGCGGAAUCUAGUGGUGGUAAGAAAGCUAAGACGAGGAGACGGCGACAACGGCGGUCUCCGCUGGAAAUGUACUCAAACAUUCGUCGCAAGAUACCACCUAUCCUUCCAACUUUCAAGGCCUUUACUUAUGGACUAGCCGUUCCUUCGCGACGCGUUGCGGACUCAAGCCGACCAGUCCAUCGCCAAUUCACCACUAUGAUUGGAGCAGGUUCCCUCCGGAGGCGCUAUGCCCAACCCAACCCAGCUGCCUUGAGAAAUAUGCACAUCAGGGCGAUCUCCUACUCAUCCAUUCCUCGUUUCAUCGCUCGUGCAUUCCGCGUUCCUAUUGCAGGCGCUACUAUUGGAGCUGGCAGCUUUGGCUACGCUAACUACAAGUUCGAAGAAUUUCGCAAGACUUCGACUGCAUGGAUGAACUCAGUCCAAGAUACGGCAACUGACCUCUUCGAUACUGCUUCCGACUCGCUCAAGACUGUCUCUUCUCGAGUCUCCGACAUAAACCUGCCUAAACUCGAAACGCCAGAGUUUUUGAAGGACCUGUUCCAGGCAGCGAAAGAGAGGCGAAAGCAAAAGCAGGAGCAACAGCAAGAGGGUGAGCCUGAGGGUUCCAAUGAACGGCCACCCACAGACCAAGCAGCAAUUGCUGCUCUGGUAGCCGCCACCAUGUCUUCCCCGUCUGAGCCCAAGAACAGAUCAGACGAAAUCGACGGUCGCAGCAACGGCCUAAUGCAUCUCACCCGCAAAUUGAUUGAGAUACGGAGCAUGCUGCUGAGCAUUGACCAGAGUGAUGCCCUCAAGCUACCCAGUAUCGUUGUUAUUGGGAGUCAGAGCUCGGGCAAGAGCUCUGUUCUCGAGUCGAUUGUUGGACACGAGUUUCUACCCAAGGGAAACAACAUGGUUACACGACGCCCCAUUGAACUUACUCUCGUUCACACAUCUCCUGCAGACGGCAAAGCUGUCGAGUAUGGCGAAUUCCCCGCCCUUGGAUUGGGAAAAAUAACCGACUUCACCGUUAUUCAACGCACUCUGACUGACCUCAAUCUCGCUGUUCCCGACUCCGAAGCAGUCUCUGCAGAGCCCAUUGAUCUACGAAUUUACUCUCCAAACGUGCCUGACUUGACUUUAAUCGACCUACCGGGCUACAUCCAACUUGCUUCUCUUGACCAACCGGAAGAGUUGAAGGAGAAAAUUGCGGGUUUAUGCGAGAAAUACAUCCGGGAGCCAAAUAUCGUCCUGGCGGUCUGUGCAGCGGAUGUCGAUCUUGCCAAUUCACCGGCUUUGCGGGCCAGUCGCAAAGUUGACCCACUCGGUCUGCGGACAUUGGGGGUUAUCACUAAAAUGGAUCUGGUUACUCCUGAACAAGGAGCAGGCAUUCUCGCUGGCAACAGGUAUCCUCUCCAUUUGGGAUAUGUUGGUGUCGUAACAAAGGCAGCCAAGACGUCCAAACGCGACUCCACCGCCUUGACGGUGUCCAACGACUAUUUUUCCUCCCAUCGAGAGGUAUUCGGCAGCUCUACCUCUCUGAUGGUAGGGACUGAUACUUUGCGUCGCCGUCUUAUGGAAGUUCUUGAAUCUUCUAUGGCCUCCUCGCUACAUGGAAUCACCAACGCUGUACAGCUAGAGCUGGAAGAAGCGACCUACCAAUUCAAGGUUCAGUACAACGAUCAAAGAAUAACCGCCGAAUCGUAUGUUGCGGAAACGAUGGAUGCUCUUAAACUGCGAUUCAAGGAAUUCACGCAGCAAUUCCGCCGCCCAGCUAUUCGCGAAAAACUCAAGAAUAUGCUUGACGAAAAGGUUAUGGAUGUUUUGGAGCAGCUUUACUGGCUGGACAAACGGGCUCCUGAGCUUGGUACAAUUGCCCAGGAUCCUCGUCUAAAGCCAGAGGACGUCGAGCCGUACUGGCGACACAAACUCGAAGCGGCAUCUUCGUUGCUGACAAAAUCAGGAGUGGGUCGUGACUCGACAUUGCUCAUUGCCGACGGCCUUCGAGGACUUAUUGACACCAUCGCGUCGGGCGAACCAUUCACUUUCCACCCCCGAGCAUCAGAGCGACUGAUCCAAUUCUCGCACGCCAUUUUGAGGGAUAGGAUAGGCGUUACCUCUGACCAGGUAGAGAACUGCAUCAAGCCUUUCAAGUAUGAGGUCGAGGUGGAGCCACGAGAAUGGGAACUUGGCCGUGAGCGGGCGAUUGACUUGUUCGAGAAGGAAGUCGUAAUGUGUGAGUCCAAGUUGAAGGAUAUUCGCAAAAAGGUUGGUGGGAGUCGUCGGCUGGGUGGGCUAGUCAGCUAUGUGAAAAGCUUGGAGGAGAGAGAGCGAGAAAGGAAAAUGAAGCGAUUGGAAGGGUCUUCAGACGACACGGAUUCCUCCGAAUCUUAUCGCUAUCCUCCAGCCCAGAUUAUUGAUGCUCGUCAUGCUAUCAUGUACAACGACCGACUGGGAAUAUUACGCCUUCGACUAGCAGCGUUGAAGUCGAAACGUUGCAAAGCGGGUCCUCAGAGCGAGGUAUUCUGUCCUGAAGCAUUCCUGAACGUGGUCGCGGACAAACUCGCUUACACAUCCGCCAUGUUCAUCAGCAUCGAAUUGCUGGAUCAGUUUUUCUAUCAGUUCCCUCGUGAAAUUGACUCUCGGCUACUGUACGACCUUGACCGGAAGGAGAUUGUCGAGUUUGCACGUGAAAAUCCAGUCGUGCGACGUCACCUAGAUCUACAGGACCGGAAAGACAAACUUGAAGAGGUUAUGAAGCAGCUGAACAGUCUGUCGACACUGCGACCUGACGCGCAACCCGCUCCUCGCCGCCAACGGGGUCUUUUUGGGAUGUUCUGA